AUGACCGCCUCCGCUUUUGUGCCUCGCUUCCGCUCACUCCUAGCGCCGCACGCGCAGAAGCAGCAAAUGACAAACGCCCGUCUCGGAAUCCAGUCCCGCCUCACGAGCAUAGUCAGCCUACGGCCUCAGUCUCGCCGAGAUCAGACCGGGAGCAGUGCCCGUGGCUGCUAUCCUUCGUCCCUCGGUCGAGUCAAACGCCGCGAUGGCUUCCACUGUGCGACAGGGCAGGGCCCCCACCCGCUGUCCUGGCGACCUGCGUGCGGACGUCCUGACGAUGCCAAGUCCGGCAAAUUAUGGUCUUACACGACGGGUCCCGGUCUUCGCCACGCUACAGCUCGGCCAAGCUCGGAGCUUCUUGCCGCCAUGGUGGCGCCUCGAUCAAGCCCGGCUGGGGAUAUGCCGCCACCUCUUCCUUAUCAAGCAGACCUGCGCCGUCACGCCCAUUACAAAAAGACGGCAUUUACUUCUAGUGAUCGGAAUAGGAAUAGCGGCCACGGCCGCGGAGAUUUAUCGGUCCUUACCGCGUCGUAA